UGUGCACUGCAGUACCACUGGGUAUGGAGAGCGGCGCCAUUCCUGAUGGCCACAUCACUGCAUCCACUACGCACCCACAUUGUGCCACCAGCGAAGCUCGUCUUCAUUCCCGGGAAGAGAGUUAUACAGACCAAGGUGGAUGGGCCGGGGCUUGGUGCGCCAACGGCCCGCUGAACACCAACCAGUGGCUACAGGUUGACGUGGGAGCAGAGACUACUGUAGCUGGAGUUAUCACCCAGGGUAGACCUGGUCCGUCAAUUCAGUGGGUGACCUCCUACAAACUACGCUUCAGCAGAGACGGAAGCACGUGGUCUACAUACCUGGACAAACUGGGACGUGAGAGGGUCUUCCCUGGCAACUACGAUCAGGACACCGAAGUGCGCCACCUGUUGGACCCGCCGGUAACUGCACGUUACGUCCGGUUCUGGCCGCAGACAUGGAAUUCUCACCUCAGCAUGCGGGUGGAGGUCUUGGGGCAGGACUGCACCGGUGACUAGACACAGCAUGCAGACUUGGAGAUUUCCAAAGCACAGAUUUGCACAUAGCAUGAUACACAUGUAGAUGUAUCUAUCUGCUUCGUAGUUCGAAGUGAAACACCAGUUUUCGUCUUUUACUUAUUACGAUAGUUAACUCUAUUUACAAGGAACUCAGAAGUGGCACGUAAUUGACAGUUACCAACAGUUACUUCAGGUCUGCGACAACAAUGUACAAUAAUGUACUGCUAAUUCACCGUGUCCUAAUGAUUACAGCUGCACAGCAUUACAUUUUAUAUUGUAGCCGGUGUGUACUGUCUACUCCCUUGAUAAAGAUGUCAUUGACUUCGUGAUAAAAAGGAUGAUACAUUGUUUUUGUAUGCUGGUGUUGCUGUCUGUUCCUAGUAACUACACUGUUCUGGAGAAAUUUGGACUAAUGUUUGCAAACAA